GAAAGGACCGUCAGUGUCGGAAACUUUUUGUUCUCCGAACAUAAUGAAAUAGAAAAGCAUUGUUGAAAAUUCUAUGGUGAAAUGGUUCGGUGACAUAGAUUUGUUUUACGACAGUCCAAAUGUAAUAAAAAGUGUCGUUCUAAAUAAAAUUACCAUCCCAAUGGUCGAGUGCUUAUAAGAGCAAAUGCGAAAUAGAUUUGUGAGCCCAUUUAAAUCUUUUCUAUUUUCGAACACACAUCGUUAAUCUUGUGUCCGCGAUUGUUACUGGUUACAGUUAUGAAUAACUUCAUGUUUCUUAUAAUUUGUUUGUGGUUUAUGAAGGGGAAAGCGUACGAAGAUGAAGUUGAAGAAGAUGAGCUUAUAACAGCUUUAUGUGAGAAAACCAUAAGUGAUGUUUCACAGUGUGGAAGCCUUCUACCGGUAGCAGGACAAGAAAUCGUCUAUGGCUGUUGCAGAAAUGCAACAGACAACUUUAGAGAAAACAUGAUGGGAGCAGCUGAAAUGUUCUGUGACAGAGACGAUAUUAGAGAUUCAUUGUUUUUAUGCUGGGAGAAAGACUUAGCUCAUCUUUAUGAUACUUCGCAAAAUGAAAUUGAAUUAGAAAAGCUGAAUAGUUUUCAGAUUUGCCUACAAAAGAUCUUUGAUAAACUUUUUGAUGUAUGAGAAUCUAACAUAUUUGCAAUUAUAAUUUUUUUAAUAAUUGAUCAAAUCAUACAAGUCUGUGAAGAUGUACUACAUUUCUAAGAAAUCAUGUUUUAAU